UUCUUUAGGGAUUACCUGAGAAAAAAUAUUUGGGGUCACGUUUUUUUUAUUGUCUGCAACAGAGCGAGUAAUAUUAGGUAAACAUUUUGACUUUUGUUUGAUGUUUUCUUUUUUUUUAUUAACAGACGUGGGGUUAGCAUCAGAACGUGAUUUUUGUUAUAACACAUAAAAAUGUGUUUUGUAAAGGACUGUUUUGGUAGGGAUUGGGUAUAAGUGCAUGUUUGAGGGUUUGUUGUUAAGUCAGUGAUGCGUUGAAUUUGUUAGUGUAUUAACGUUCAUCUGUAUUAUUGUAUUUGUAUAGUAUAAAUUGUAACAUUUAAUAAUUUUAAUGCUUCUACCAAACAAAUUUGGUAGAAACAUUAGAAUUAUUAGAUUUGUUACUGCCUGUUUAAAUUUAUAAGUUUAAUGACUUUAAGCGGAAGAAACUGUUAAACCAACAAGUGUAAAAAAUUUCAAAUCAAGGGUGUAACAUGACUACUAUAUGGAACCACACAGCGACAGACAUAUUGUUAUGAGCUUUACGGUUUUAAGAAGACAAAUGUAAUGAUUGAUCCGUCUAUGUGACAGAAGAUUUCGGUGUAAACGACCAUCGAAUUAACAUAUGGUAUACUAUAGAUGUUUGAGGAUAAAGUUAUGUAUUAUUUUGCUCUUCAACCGGUGGUCGAAUACGGAAGGAUUUCACCACUUUGUCAGACUCGCACUUGUAUAAAGAACACAAGUUAAAUUAAUGUUUAUAGGGGUGUAAUCGUCCCGUCGUCCAAGCCACGAGCCGCCACUGAGUAUAUCAAUAUGAAUAAUUAUUUAAACACCGAGACUUGCAUAGAAAUGCUUACUAAAACUUCUAUUUAAAUGAUUUAUAACAAUAAUGGAUCAAAUUAAAAAAAAAUUUAUAUCAAAUGAAUGGAAAAUAUAAAAAAUGUCUGUACUGAAUAAAAUCAAAUCACUCUCCCACAAUGAUUACGUAUAAAUGGCUUCACUGACACUAAAUAAAGAGUGUCGGGUUAUUACUUUAAGAGAUAUGUGGAAACCAAGUACGGUCGAACAUUAAUAGCGAGAUUAGAAAACGAUAAACAGCUAUGUUUGCCUAAAAUAAUUUCACUCACAAACGCUGAAAAAGAGUAAUUAAAAAAAAAAUAGACGUAUUGUUAAGAAAACCAACUCCUAAAAACAUUUCCUUUUAUAAAAGUAUGAACAAUUUUGAGUUUUGUUCGAGCACCAUUUCAAAAUGUCGAAUCAAACAGAACAAACGCCGUUUCAAGAGUUCAAAAAAUCUCUCAAAAAUAUAAAAACAGAAAUAGAUUAUAAAUGAAAUGGAAACAAAAUGAUGUGUGCAAUAAUACUUAUAUUAACGACGAUUAUUCGUAUACUAAUGAUUACUCACAACAAAUGGCUGAAUCUGUCAUUUCGGAAGCUGACAGUAAAAUUAACGAAACUUAUCGAGGUAAUCAUGAUCACAUGCUACUAUCAAUUAUUUUCAACACACUAUUCACUUCAUCAAUGCAAUCAUUGCAUACGAUUGCUCUGCAAACAACCUCAAUAUAACGUCUUUUAGUAGUCUCUCUGUGGAUCAAUGCGAGAAACCAAUCAUCAUAACAAAUCAAACAAUUCACAGACUUUUUCACAACUUCUUCAAAAAUGUGAAAUGCGUAACUCACAUUAUAAAGCUUGUCUAAUAUCGACAAACUAUUUUAUUUUAAAAUGUGCAACAUUUGGGGAUUUACAAGCUCCCCAAAUGGAUAUUAUUCAGAAAUAAUAGAAGUUGGUAGUGCCAGAUGUCAAGAAAUUCAUAAAAAAAUAAUUUUUGAACUACCCAUGUGGUCAAUAAUACAAGGAUUAAAAAUCAACCAUACUACAAGGGCAUCUCACACAAUAGCUGGUUCAUUGGACAGCAAAGGAAAUUGUGAUGGAAUAACAUAUAUCACUUCUAAAGGUACAUGGCAUAAAGCUUUAGUUCAAGCAAAAUAUGAAAUAACACUAACAGAUGGUGAUACAAUUGCCAAUUACCACGACAACUACAUUACCUUAUCUAGUGGUACAAAAUUCAAAUUAUCAGACUUAUAUGGAUUUGAUUCAUUUAAAGGAGAAGUAAUAUGGAGUACAACCGAUUAUACCUGUGACGAUGAAUAUGCCACUCUUUAUGAUGGCCCUGCUUCUUUAUUCAUUUCAAAAUCUUUUUUAGGUAAUACAGAAAACAUCAAAACAUUCGUAGCCCAAACCGAAGGUAUAGCUUUUGCCCUAAAAUACAUUAAAGACACUCUUAUUUGUAAUGCACCUAUGAUCCAAAUAGAACAUCCAAUGCUCUUUAUCCUCAUGAAUGAAAAUCAUAUAAACAGCAUAAAAUUAAGAGCUCCUUCACCACACAAUACCGACUUAAUAGCAUACGUAAACACAAAAUUUGUCUGGCUAGCUCAUCAUAUGGCCACAACACUAUCAGAAUUAUAUACUGACAUUACUUUAAAAAAAUGUUUACAAGAACGAAAUUUACUACUUUAUAAAUUGUCAUUAGCUUCAUAUAGCCUAACAGAAUUUUCAUAUUCAAUAUGUAACAACCCAGGAUGUAUGGAAAUCAUAAGCGGUGAAAUCAUUUAUCUUAUUAAAUGCAAACCAGUACAAGUUCAAAUAGCUAAAAAGGAAUCAUGUUAUCAUGAACUACCUGUCAUCUAUCAAAAUAAUACAUAUUUUAUGCUACCAAAAACUAAAAUAAAGAUUUGGUACUCAAAUAACAUGUAACACAUUAUUGCUUUCAGCAUAUCUUCUCGAUGAAAACUGGUUUGGUCUAACUUCACAAUUAAUUGAUGUAAAAACACUACAAAUUUUAAAACCUAACACUAAGUUCACUUGUAGUUAUAAAUCUCCUGAUCAUCUUAUAUCAGUAGGAAUAUAUAAUAAAGAAACAAUGAUUGCCUUUCAAAAACACUUGAUGUUUCCACACGAAGCGACAGCAAUUCAAAACAACAUAGUACGACAAACAUUAGGUUAUGAUAUGUCUGACCAAAAAUUAAAUCUUUACAGACUUAUCGACCCGGACACAAUUAGUAAUUUAGUAGAAAAUAAACUAUAUCAAAUGUGGGGUUGGUUUACCUACUUCGGCUCACUAAUGUCGGGUAUACUAGGAAUAUUUUUCAUUUUCAAAAUCAUCUCCAUAACUACAAAUGCAUUCAUGAAUAUAACCUUACUUUACAAUACGUUCGGAUGGAGUGUAAGAAUCUUGGGAGGAUUAUUCAAUAAUAUCACCCACCAUUUAAUGCAUAAACAUCAUCAAUAAAAUAAUAACACGAAUAAUGUUUAAUUGGUAAACAUUAAAAAUACAACAAAAAAUGAUACGCCAACAAGAAUUUCCAUUCUAUCUGCCUUUUAUCCUACAUUACAAACUCAAUAAAUUCAGAAAUUCAACAUAAUCAAGCAUACUAUCCUACGGGACACUACUAAUAACGUUAUAAACUACUAUCAAAUUAUACAACUCAGAACACUACAAUAAUUUUUUUACUUAUACACAUACUUUAUGAUAAUAAUCACUGAACUAAUAAAUAUCAUAUUGAAUAUUAGAUUACAUCACUAUUUAUUAUAUUUAUUCUGUAUCAUUUAUUAAUAUACUAUGCAUUAUUAUUCAAUGAUAUAAAAUAUUUACUCAUAU